CUUUGAACUUCCAUUGACAUAAGUAGUUUCAUCAAUACAUAUCGUAGAAUCCAUAUUACUCGAAUUACUCCGCAGCUCAAUGGACCUGAUUGGACCACCGGCUGAAUCCGACAGCAGCAAUCGGAAACCGAAACCAUUUCGACGCCACGCCUGUGACCGGUGUCGCAGUCAGAAGCUCCGCUGUGAUCGGACGACCCACCGGACGGAUACAUCAAUCGCCUGCGAUCGCUGCGCUCGAAACCACUUAACUUGUGUUACUGGUGCUCCCAUGCCUAUGGGUCGGCCGCGCUCCCUGAAUCCCAAACCUCGUUACUGUCGCAAAUCAAGCAAGACGUCCGUGGACACACGAUCCAAGGACACCGGGACUGACUCUUCGACCCCGCCAUCCUGUGCCACUAUUCAGCCAUCACCCGACCUCGCCAUGGCCAGAAUGGAAUUCGACGCGGUCAAUGAUUUACCAGAACUGGUCUUCAAUGAGGGAGACUUAGGCUAUGACCUUGAUCUUCCAAACAUGGAUCUAUUCGACACCUCCGCUUUCGCCGAUCUGGCCAUGAGCUCGCAGCCCCACGCAGUCGGCCCCACUGCCUCCGCAGCCGCCAACCCUCAGGAGCAGAAUGUCGAGCGCUUGUGGAAGCUUCACAGCACCCUCCUAGAGCAGGUAUAUCGGAUUGAAAGUCAGGCGACAAACCCAGCUGAACCCUCCAUAAAUGGUUCUUCGCCUGACAUUAAUGCUUUCGAAUCGCGCUUGUCCGACGUCGCUAACACAAAAAGCGACCAUUCGAUGCAGCAGAUGAUGCGCUGUUCACAGACCUUCCUCGAAAUCAUACAAUCCUUUGUCUCCUCCUAUCGCAAGUCUGUCUGCAGCGUUCCACCUCCGGAGUGCGCUGCCACCGACUAUUCACGCAGUUCGGAUGAUGAGAACCGCAUGGGUCCUGCUGGCCGAGCUUCGGUUCCAAAACCGGACAAUUUAUACUCGUCCGCUGUACCUAUCUUCGACAAAUCUCCAGCCACUUCCCCAUCCUUCGGACCUCAAGGGAGCGAGGAAAAGACUAGCAGCAAGGACCACCCUGAUAAGACACCUCGAAAACCGCGACCAGCCCUUCCCCUCGCCUGCCAGACCCAAUUUCCCAUCUGUCUAACCAUCGCGACUUGCCACGUGCUGCUCCUCCGCCUGCACCGCAGCGUUCUCACUGAUCUACAUACAUCUGUACAAUGCUUAGUAGCGCGGUACAGUCCUGCAGGCAAUGUGACUGGCCCGCUUGCCGUCUUGGACAAUUUCGCAGGGUCUGUACCUUUGUCCGAUGUGCACUUGAACGGGUCGACCUUGAAAUUAGACGGAGUGCAGCAGAUCACAACUGUCCUGCAGCUGAGCUGCGACCUACUGGAACGCAUCGACCGCGGCGUGGAGAUCCUAUUGACCGGUGCAGGGCAUAUCCUGUUCGCUCCCGGGACGUACAUGUCGGUCCUGGAUGCUUUGGCGCAGCAGGAGGCCCGCAGUGGGCGCGGGCCUGCGCAUCCCGAUGGUUCGGGGUCCACCGGGGGUCCAGCCGCCCGCUUGGCCCCGUCGCGGUUGCUCGUGGACAAAAUCCGCAAGUGCAUUAAUGAUACCUGUUUGUGAGAAUGAUACGAACGAGGAGACAACUUCUCUGGGCUGCAAUGCCUUUUCUUUUUCAAGAAUACUCCACUUUUUCAUUCCAAUUGCAGAGAGCAUACCUC